AUGUCUUUCAACAACUUUGACUCUUUCCCCAACCAGGGCGACGCCGCCGCCGCCGCCCCCGCGCCUGGCGCCGACACCACCAUGACUGGUCAGGCCGAUCCCGCCACUGCUCCCUUCCAGGGCCCUGCUCCUGGUGAGCCUGCGGCUGCGCCCGUUCCCCAGCAGGGUAACGAGGGCAAGACCACCCUCUGGAUGGGCGAGCUUGAGCCCUGGAUCGAUGAAAAUUUCAUCCGCAACCUCUGGUUCCAGAUGGGCGAGCAGGUCAACGUCAAGAUGAUCCGCGACAAGUUCUCUGGGAGCAACGCUGGCUACUGCUUCGUUGACUUUGCUUCCCCGGCGGCCGCCGCCAAGGCUCUGUCUCUGAACGGCACUCCCAUGCCCAACACCAACCGUGUGUUCAAGCUGAACUGGGCUACCGGCGGCGGACUGGCCGAUCGCAGGUGCGUACGACGAAAAUACAAACACAAACAUGCCCGCAAGCACUCGCAUCCCGUGCCCUUUGAGCACAUUCCUUACCCUCAACUCUCCCACACUCCCAUCACUCCCAUCACUCAACCCCAUUCUCCCAAGUCCCAUGACCAGGAUAUGCCUGAUGCACCAAUGCUUGAUGCACCGGUAUUCAAUGCGCCGGGCUAUUCUCCCCCUGCCUCCUCUGACCCUCUCGUCUAUCCGGUCGAUGCUCACUACACUUGGUACCCCAACUAUUACGGACCUCAGCAUCUAACGAAUCCCUCCAGCCGUGAUGACCGUGGUCCCGAGUACUCGAUCUUUGUUGGUGAUCUCGGACCCGAAGUCAACGAAUACGUGCUGGUUUCUCUCUUCCAGAGCCGUUUCCCCUCGUGCAAGUCCGCCAAGAUCAUGACCGACCCCAUAAGCGGCAUGUCCCGCGGCUACGGCUUCGUCCGCUUCUCCGACGAGAACGACCAGCAGCGCGCCCUCACCGAAAUGCAGGGCGUCUACUGCGGCAACCGCCCCAUGCGCAUCUCCACCGCCACUCCCAAGAACAAGGGCCCCGGCGUCGGUGCUAACAACAUGGGCAUGGGUCCCGGCCCCGCCGGCAUGUACCCCCCCAUGGGCGGUCCUCCCAUGCCCUUCUACGGUGCCCCCCAGCCGAUGAACCAGUUCACCGAUCCCAACAACACCACCGUGUUCGUCGGCGGUCUGUCCGGCUAUGUUACUGAAGAUGAGCUCCGCUCCUUCUUCCAGGGCUUUGGCGAAAUCACCUACGUCAAGAUCCCCCCGGGCAAGGGCUGCGGCUUCGUCCAGUUCGUCCAGCGCCACGCUGCCGAGAUGGCCAUCAACCAGAUGCAGGGCUACCCCAUCGGUAACUCGCGCGUCCGUCUGAGCUGGGGUCGUUCCCAGAACAACUCCGGCCCCGCUGGCAGCCCCUACCGUCCCGCUCCCCCGCCGCCGCCCAUGUACCCCUCCAUGGGCAUGCCCCCGGCCCAGUAUGGCGGGUUUGCCCCGAUGAAGGUUAGCAGUCACCCCGGCAGCCCGGCCCCGGAACACUCUUGA